GUGCGCGGCCCAUGGCGGGCGCUGAGAGCGCGGAGGGCGCUGCCGACGAUGAGUUCUACGAGCGCUUCGCCGCCGAGCUGGAGGUGCUGGCAGAGCUCGGAGAUGACCCGUCCCCGCCCGCCGGCCCCAAAGUCUCGCAGUUCCGGGGCAGGAAGCAGCCGCCGGAGGAGCCCGACCCCACCGGGGACUCCCACUCCAGGAAGAGGGAGCGGGGCUGUGCCCCCGCCGGGUCCCCAGCACCGGCCGGACCCCGCACCCCGAAGCCGAAGCGGCAGCGCCUGGAGGCUGUGAAGAAGCUCGAUUUUGGUGCAGACGAUGAGUUGGCUGCUGAUGUCUCCUGGGAUGGGGGCUCAGAGGCACCUCUUGCUCCUCAGAAUACCAGCUCGAACCAGCUGGAGAUGAGCGGCAUGACCCCCCUGCAGACCACACCACCCUCUGAAAAGAAGUGGGUCCUCAAGAGACCCCCCAUCCUGGAGGAUUAUAUCAAUGUGACCUCCACCCAGGGCACCAGGGUCUUCCUGGUGCUGAGGGAUGAUCCCUGCAGGACAGGGGUGGAGGAGGGGGUUGUUUGUGCUGUGUCCCUACAGCUCCCGGAUUCCCUGGGCUGGAAUGCACGGAGGCCACUCCACCUGCUGGGGGUGCCUUUCUCCUACCUGAAGGAACAAGUGGACCAAGAGCGUCUCAGGCAUGUUCAGAAGGUGUCACAGCAGCUGACAGAGAUCAUAAACAGUUGCCUUGAGAGUGAGCCCAGCACGGAGAGCCUGGAUCCUGGUGGGGACAUGGAUCCUGAGGAGGAAUCUGCCUCCCAUUGCCUCUGGGUGGACAAGUUCACCCCCCGGCGCUACAUGGAGCUGCUCAGUGAUGAUUACACAAACCGCUGCCUUCUGAAGUGGCUCAAGCUCUGGGACACAGUGGUGUUUGGGAAGGAGAAGGCUGUGAAGAAGGGCAAGCCCAGCACUGCAGCUCACCCCCCGUUCAGCCAUCCCAAGGAGCACCCAAAUAAGUGGAAAACGAAGGUCCAGCUCACAGAGGAGAUUCUGGAGGCUGAGUUGGACCAGCACAAGAGACCCAAAUACAAGGUAGCCCUGCUCUGUGGCCCUCCUGGCUUGGGAAAGACCACGCUGGCCCACGUCAUUGCCCGGCACGCGGGGUACAACGCCGUGGAGAUGAACGCCAGCGAUGACCGCAGCCCCGAGGUGUUCAAGACCCGCAUCGAAGCUGCCACCCAGAUGAGGUCUGUGCUGGGGGCCGGCGAGAAGCCCAACUGCCUCAUCAUCGACGAGAUCGACGGCGCGCCCGCGGCAUCCAUCAAUGUGCUGCUGAACAUCAUCCACCGUAAGGACGUGCAGGGAGAGGGAGAGGCCGGCGUGGGCCGGAGGCGGCAACGUGAGGGUGGGUUGUUGCUCAGGCCCAUCAUCUGCAUCUGCAACGACCAGUACGUGCCCGCGCUGCGCCCGCUCCGGCAGCAAUCCUUCCUGCUCCACUUCCCCCGCACGGCUCCCUCCCGGCUCACCCAGCGGCUCAGCGAGAUCGCCCUCCAGCAGGGAAUGCGGGCAGACAUGGGGGCACUGCUGGCCCUGUGCGAGAAGACGGAGAAUGACAUCCGCUCCUGCAUCAACACCCUGCAGUUCCUGCACGGCCGAGGGCAGAAGGAGCUGAACAUGCAGAUGGUGCAGACGAUGAAGAUUGGCCUGAAGGACCAAAACAAGGGGCUCUUCUCCAUCUGGCAGGAGAUCUUCCAGCUCCCGAGGGUGCAGAGGCACAGGAUAGGAAUGGACCCCUCUUUGCCAGCCCAGCUCCUGGGGGGUGAUGAGGACCUGUCACACUUUGGGGGUUCCUCUGGCUUCAGUUCCUCCUCCCAGCGCUUCCACCACAUCCUGCACCUCGCCGUCUCCUCAGGGGAGCAGGAGAAGCUCGCCCAGGGCCUGCACGAGAAUUUCCUGUCCAUGAGGGUGCGGGACUCCAGCCUGGGCUCCGUGUGCCUGGCCCUGGAGUGGCUCUGCUUCUCCGACCUGCUGGGCCGGGCCGUGCUGCACGGGCAGAGCUUCCAACUGCUGCGCUACCUGCCCUUCCUGCCCGUGACCUUCCACCUGCUCUUCGCGGGCUCCGCCAUCCCCCGCCUGGCCUACCCCAGCAGCCAGCACGAGGCCCUGGCCAAGCUGACCCACAUGCAGAACCUGGUGGUGUCCAUGGUGUCGGGGAUCGCGCCCGGCGCCCGGAGCCGCGCGGGGCAGCGGGUGCUGGUGUUGGAGGUGCUGUGCCUGCUACUGGACAUCAUCGCCCCCAAACUGCGGCCUGUGAACACUCAGCUCUACAGCCAGAAGGAGAAGCAGCAGCUGGCAGAGCUGAUCAGCACCAUGCUGGCCUACAACCUCACCUACCACCAGGAGCGCCUGCCCGAGGGCCAGUACGUCUACAAACUGGAUCCGAAUGUGGAGGACGUGUGUCGCUUCCCAGAGCUGCCGGCCCGGAGGCAGCUCAGCUACCAGGCCAAGCAGCUCAUUGCCAGGGAGAUCGAGCUGGAGAAGAUGAGGAGGACGGAGGCUGUGCUGCAGGCACGGAACCCGGAUCCCAGGAAUGGCCUCGGUGAGGAGCGAGGGGACACGAGGCCGUCGGGGACUCCCAACCACCGGCAGCGCCUGGAGCACAUCGUGCAGAGGGCGACGGUGGAGGACAAGCCCGAGGUGGAUUUUUUCGGGCGGCCGCUCCAGCGCAAACAGGCAGCCCCAGCCCCGGCCCCUCAGGCCUCCAAGGAGGAGUCCCUGGAGAAGCAGAUGGGAAAGGCCGUGGGGAAGAGCGACGUGUGGUUCCGCUUCAACGAGGGGGUUUCCAACGCUGUCAGGAGGAACAUCUACAUCAGGGACCUGCUCUAGCUGGAGCCAGGAAAUCAGGGUUGGAACUCAAGGGAGCAGCUGGAUUUUGGCUCUCUAACCCCUGUGUCCAUGAUCUUCGUUUAGGUUUUUUUUUUUUAUCACCGACUUAUUUUGUUU